GUCGUUUUGAACUUCCUUUUAGUAGUUAGUUCUUAUAAUCCCUUUUAGUCAAAUCGCUUUGGACACGUUGAUUUGUUUUCUGAUUUCUGUCCCUAACAGUCUACUUUUGUAACUUUGGUAACUACAUCAAAACGGAUUACUUCAAACAUACACCUGUCGUACCUACCGAGUCAGUUUUGUCAAGCGUUCUAAGUGACUGUAAAAAUGAAGGUCUAUUUGUAUCAGAUGCGCCCGGUGCUCUUUCUGUUCUACGGUGUGGAGACCACGGUCAACAUGUUUGUGAUGUACUUCCAACUGAAGGCAUUUGUGUUUGUCAACUUGACCACGAUGGAAUGGGCCGAUGCUCUGUUGCAUUACUUUUAUAUGGCCUACUUCUACAUAUACACGACGGUAACUCUCUUUGCCAGCUUAAACCUGUGCACCGGCCAUCGCACUUCGAUCGUCGAGGAGGUGGUGCGUCCUCUGGUCGGAUUUGUUCUAUAUACGAUUGUUUCCCUGAUGGCACUGCGCGAUGCCGAGACGGAUUUCUACGUAUGGUAUGACGAGAAGCAAAGGGGGGAUAUAUUGUACCCAGAGAAGCCCCUCCAUCCGUUCUUCGGAAGUCUGCGGGACCAGGCCACGGCCUGUUUGGUGGCCAGUGUUAUCAGCCUGCUGCACUGCCUCAUUGCCCUGGAUGUCCUGCUGUCGAAUGACGACUCGGAAGACGAGCGUAAGGCAUCCGACUCCUCCGACGAUGUUGUCGACGAGGUCGACUAUGUCCCGGUGCGUCUUUACGUCCUCGGCGGAGUUGUGCAACGCUGGCUCGAGCAGUUCGACUGGUUCCAGGACUUUACCCAAAGGGGAGUCACGGAUAUCUGAUCCUAAAGUUCGUCCAUUUCAGACAAAGAUGAUCCAAGUAACGUUUUGAAUGGUUCGGAUCAUCUCCCUUUGCACAACUUCUUAGAAAUUAUAUGAAUUAUAUGUUUUUCGUGGUGAUUA